AUGAGCCAACACCUGGAAGGAAAAGUGGUAACAGUAUGCGAUUUUAAUGCUAUAACAAGCCAAGCGGAAAAGGAGGGUGGAGGCCAAAAAUCAGCAACCACCAUUGCAACAUUCACUAAUUUUAUUGACAGUAAUGAAUUAGUGGAUAUUGAAAUGGUGGGGCACCCUUUCACGUGGAAAAAUCGAAGACAAGGAGAGAAUUUGGUGAAGGAGAGGCUUGACCGCUAUUUAGUUGGAAUGGAAUGGAAGUUGAAGUUUCUGAAUGCAGUGGUGCACAGGUUCACAGAGUCAGGCUCGGAUCAUGCUCCACUUUUGAUGGAAACCGAACCUCAAUCCUGGCAUAGUAAAAGGCAGUUUAAAUACCAGGAACGUUGGUGUGGAGAAGAGGAUGUCAAGAGAAUUGUCAGUGAAGUGUGGAGAAUGGAAGUUGUAGGCUCAGUUAUGUUCUCCUUGGCCCAAAAGUUGAAAGUUUGUAGACAUAGACUAGUUCAAUGGCAGAAAACUCACAAAGCAAACUCUCGAAAAGAAAUUGAGGACCUUCAAGCUAAACUAGAGGAGUUGCGGGUGGCUGGAAUCAAUGGGGGAGAGGAGGUUACCAGUUUGGAGAAGAAGUUGGAGCUGGCAUAUUUGAAAGAAGAGAGCUAUUGGCGAGAAAAAUCUAAAGUCAAGUGGCUAAAAGAAGGAGAUCAAAACACUAGAUUCUUUCACCAGAAAUUUCAAUCAAGGAUGCGAAGGAACAGAAUUUGGAGAUUAGUGGGGAGGGACAAUGAGAUUGCAUCGAAAUCAGAGGAUAUUGGAAAGAUAGCUGAAGACUACUUUUGCGAUAUUUUUACUUCCUCUUGUUCGGCUGAUCCGAAUCCAUACUUAGAGGAUUUGGAGCCAAAGGUUACAGCUUCCAUGAACCGUAGGCUCCAAAGGCCAGUAACUAUGGACGAGGUCAAAAGAGCUACAUUUAGUGUUCACGCUCAAAGUGCUCCUGGUGAUGACGGGUUUACAGCUAAGUUUUUUCACUUUUUCUGGGAUAUAGUUGGAGGUGACGUUUUUAAGGCAGUAAGAAGUUUCUUUCACAGUGGCAGAAUUCUAAAAAGCUUCAAUCAUACUCAAAUUUGUUUGAUUCCAAAGGUGCCAGAUGCCAAUGACAUGACUCAGAGCGCACCUAAUACAAGCCAAAGUAUUCUAGAAUUGCUAGAGAUAUAUGAGGGUUUCAGUGGGCAAAAAGUCAAUCUGAAUAAGUCAGCUAUCUUUUUCAGUCACAACACACCUCAGAACACAAGACUAGCAGUUGCUCAGACACUAAAUAUUGAACAUAUCGGAGCACAAGACAAAUACCUGGGAUUGCCCUCUAUAAUUCAAAAAUCAAAGAAAGCAACCUUUGGAGCUAUCAAGGAUAAAGUUCAGAAGAGGAUUAUGGGUUGGAAAAGAAGUCUAUUGUCAUCAGGUGGUAGGCACACACUAUUGAGAGCGGUGGGAGAGGCGAUUCCUAUUUAUACACUCUCUUGUUUCAAGCUCCCGGACACGCUGUUGACUGAGAUUCAUAGCAUGCUCUCGCAAUUUUGGUGGGGUCAAAAAGGCACAGAACGAAGAAUGGUUUGGAUUAAAUGGGACACGAUGACGAGAUCGAAGAAAGAUGGAGGGCUGGGGAUCAAGGACCUAAGGGCGCAAAAUUUGGCUUUAUUGGGAAAACAAUAUUGGCAUCUAAUGAAAUACCCUAAUUCUACUCUAUCAAGAAUGCUCAAAGCUAAAUAUUUCAGAUAUACAAAUUUCCUACAUGCAGAGAUAGAAAGCAUACCGUCGUGGGGCUGGAGAAGUGUUCUUGAAGGGCGCAAGGUGAUCGAGAAAGGCUUGUUAUGGAAAAUAGGCUCUGGCACUAAUGUUCGCAUCUUCCACGACCCCUGGCUCCCACCACCAGUGCCCUUUAAUGUCCCUCAAAAUGCACUCACAAUCCCGCCAGAUCUGCAAGUGUAUUACGUUAGUGCGUUACUAAAUCCUGAUAGAAGCUGGAAUAAAAAUCUGAUUGAGUCAAUUUUUUCAGUUGAUAUAUGCAAUAAAAUUUUUUCAAUCAAACCAACAGAGGAGGAGGAUGAAGUUAAUUGGUGCUGGAUAAAAUCUGGUAUAUAUGAAGUUGGGUCAGGAUACAAAAUUGCUUAUGGAUUCUUUCAUUCUCCUACUUCAUUGAGGCCCCAGAACAUACACAACAGAGUCUGGAAUAGCAUUUGGGAGUUGAAAUUACCACAUAAAAUUAAGAUUUUUCUAUGGAAAAGUCUUCAUGAAAAGCUUCCAGUGUUGCAACAAGUCCACAGCCGGUUCGCAUCCACUCCUGCCAUUUGUCCAAGAUGCAUGUUGAAAGCUGAAUCAAUUUCUCAUGCUUUGUUCCAAUGCCCCCUAUCUUCAAUAAUAUGGAGACUAAGCUUAAUAACCCCUGACCUAUGGAUGAGAGAAGAAGAGAUAUUUUUCAAUUGGUGGCAACAAGUCUUAUCCUGA